AAAAAAAAAAAGAUUCACCCUGGCAGACGAAGGAGAAAAAUUCCUAUGCCUGCUGUCCAAGGAUGGAACUCGCCUAGCCCCUACCUUCAGCCCCCCAAAGACCAUUAUCCAUCCCUUCGGGCUGAAGAGCGUUCAUCCUCACCCCGCCCUUUCGAAUUCCUCACUUGUUCGUUCGUCUCGCGACCCUUGCACCGGUGCCUCUGUUGCUUCCUGCCUAUUCUAGGCGCCUUUCUCCUCGUUUUAACUAUUUUCUUAAUCUGGGAGCUACUUGGUCAAAUGGGGCAAACCCAGAGUACCCCACUCUCCCUCUUGGCUAAUUUCAGGGACGUUCGGGCAAGAGGCAAUGACCUGAGCCUGGAUAUCCGGAGAUCUAGACUCAUCACUUUUUGCCGCUCCAAAUGGCCAACCUACGGGGUGCAAUGGCCCACUGAAGGCACCUUCUGCCUACCCAUAAUCCUCAAGAUCAAGGCCCAAGUUCUCCUACCUGGGAAAAAGGGACACCCAGACCAAGCCCCCUACAUCCUGGUCUGGCAAGAUUUAGUGGAAAAUCCCCCUUCCUGGUUGGCCCACUUCCUGUCCUCAGGAAGUUGCAAGAUCCUUACAGCCCGACCCACGGAAUCCCCCAGACUUCGAAACCCAUCUGCGCCCCCUCCACCUGUCCUCCCUGAUAGCCAAGACUUACUCAGUUUAGACCCACCCCCUUACCUACCUCCUCCCACGAGGCCCCAGGUUGCCCCCAUGCCAAUGGCCACACCCGCUCCACCCCAAGCAGGAGCGGAGGGUCGAGAGGCAAUGGCCGCAGCCCCUGUCACCCACGGAAGGACCACAGAGGGACCGACGGGCCUGCCGGGCAUACUAGAGGGCGCUCUCAAAGGGAGAACCCUCCCCACCCGCCAGACUCAACUGUUGCCUUACCCCUCCGGGAGAUUGGCCCCCCUGAUGAUACUGGCAAUCCGACUCCAGUAUUGGCCCUUUUCAACCAGUGAUCUGUAUAAUUGGAAAACUCAAAAUGCGCGAUUUUCAGAUAACCCGAAAGAUCUUAUAGCUCUCCUAGACAGCAUCAUGUUCACUCACCAGCCCACCUGGGAUGACUGCCAGCAGCUCUUGCGUAUCCUGUUUACCACCGAGGAAAGAGAGAGAAUCCAGGUGGAAGCGAGAAAGCUGGUCCCCGGGGACGAUGGCCAGCCAGCAGUCAAUCCAGACCUCAUUAAUGCGGGUUUCCCUUUGACCAGGCCUGACUGGAACUACAACGCGGCAGAAGGUAGGGGACGACUGCUCAUUUAUCGCCAGACUCUAAUGACGGGUCUCAGGGCUGCUGCUCGCAAGCCCACCAAUUUGGCCAAAGUGUAUGCAGUGAUGCAAGGUAAGACAGAGAGCCCGGCAGCAUUCCUAGAGAGAUUGAUGGAAGCCUUUAGACAGUACACCCCCAUGGAUCCCGAAGCCCCUGAGAAUCAGGCAGCAGUAGUUAUGUCCUUUGUAAACCAGGCGGCCCCUGACAUUAAAAAGGAACUCUAAAAAUUAGAGGAUCUAGAAGGCAAACAGGUUCAGGAUCUGCUCCGCGUAGCACAGCGGGUCUACAACAACCGGGACACCCCGGAGGAUAAACAGCUUAAAGUGACAAAGGAAAUGAGCAAAGUCCUGGCUACCUUCGUCCAGAAGGAGUCAACCCCUCAAAGGGAAUCCCAAAUAGCCCGACAACCCAGACGUCCCCUAGAUAAAGAUCAAUGCGCACAUUGCAGGGAAAAGGGACACUGGGCACGUGAUUGCCCUAAAAGAAACCCUCCCCCAACCCCAUUCUGUUUACCCGGAACUCUGACUGGGGGGCAGGGUUCGGAUCCCCUCCCCGAGCCCAGGGUAACCCUACGAGUGGAGGGGAACCCCAUACAGUUCCUGGUUGACACCGGAGCCCAACACUCGGUGUUGACCAAACCCCAUGGAAAGAUUUUGGAUAAGUCCUCCUGGAUCCGGGGAGCCACCGGGACUAAAAGAUACCCCUGGACCACUCAACGGACAGUGGACUUGGGCACAGGGAAAGUGACUCACUCUUUCCUGGUCAUCCCUGAUAGCCCCUGCCCCUUGUUGGGGAGAGACUUGCUUACCAAAAUGGGAGCACACGUUUACUUCCAACCCGGCGGUCCCACGGUGACCGACUCUCAGAACCUGCCAUUAUCAAUACUUUUGGUGCGUUUGGAAGAUGAGUAUCGGCUCCACCAAACAGCACCCCCUCAGGAACAAAAUAUCGAGUCCUGGCUUCUCCAGUUCCCUGAAGCCUGGGCGGAAUCAGGAGGUGUGGGACUAGCUAAACACCGACCGGCCCUCUUUAUAGAACUUAAACCUGGGGCCAACCCCGUCCGGGUCAAACAGUACCCCAUGUCCACAGAGGCUAAAUCGGGUAUCACCCCUCACAUCCAUCACCUCCUGGACUCAGGGGUGCUACGCCCCUGCCACUCGGCUUGGAACACUCCCCUGCUGCCGGUACGUAAGCCCAACAGCGGGGACUACCGGCCUGUACAAGACCUGAGGGAAGUUAACAAGUGGGUUAUGGACAUACACCCUACUGUCCCUAACCCCUACACUCUCCUCAGUGCCCUGAGGCCUAACAAGAAAUGGUACACUGUUCUCGACCUGAAUGAUGCCUUUUUCAGUUUGCCCUUGGCGCCCAAAAGCCAAGAUCUCUUUGCGUUCGAAUGGACAGACCCUGAGAAAGGCAUAAAUGGGCAGUUGACAUGGUCUCGUCUCCCGCAGGGAUUCAAGAACUCGCCCACCCUGUUUGAUGAGGCCCUCCAUGAGGAUCUGAGUAAGUACAAGAGACAAAAUCCUGAUAUAAUGCUCUUGCAGUAUGUAGAUGAUCUCUUAAUAGCUGCAGAGACUCAACAGGCCUGCCUUCAAGGAACCGAAAACCUCCUUUGGACCCUCGGUGACCUGGGGUACCGGUCCUCAGCAAAGAAGGCCCAAAUUUGCAAGCCUGAGGUAGUGUACCUGGGAUACUUGCUAAAAGGGGGACAAAGAUGGCUCACCGAUGCCCGCAAGGACACUGUGCUCCGCAUCCCUCGACCUACCUUGCCACACCAGGUAAGGGAGUUCCUGGGGACAGCAGGAUACUGCCGACUAUGGAUACUGGGCUUCGCCGAGAUGGCCAAGCCCCUGCACAUAGCCUCCAAGAACCAGCAGAACUUUGAAUGGAUGGAGGAGGCAGAGUGAGCCUUCCAGCAGAUAAAGGAGGCCCUCCUCUCAGCACCGGCUCUGGGACUGCCAGACAUUUCCAAACCAUUCCACUUAUAUGUGGAUGAGCGUAAUGGGGUGGCAAAGGCAGUAUUGACCCAACACUUAGGCCCCUGGCCUAGACCCGUAGCAUAUCUCUCAAAGAAAUGACCAGUGGCAGCAGGGUGGCCCCCUUGCCUUCGAAUGAUAGUGGCCACCGCCUUGAUGGUAAAAAACGCUGAUAAGUUGUCAAUGGGUCAGGAAUUACAUGUGACCACCCCUCACGCUAUUGAGGGCGUCCUUAAACAACCUCCGGACCAGUGGAUGAGUAAUGCUCGCAUGGUUCAGUACCAAGGACUGCUACUAAACCCCCUGAGAAUAACCUAUACUCCUCCUCGGGCUCUAAACCCCGCAUCACUGUUACCUGACCCGGACCUAGACACCCCCCUCCAUGACUGCGCCGACAUAUUAGCCCAGGUUCACGGGCUGAGGGAAGACCUGCAGGACACCCCCCUGAUGGAUGCCGAGGUCGUUUGGUUCGCUGAUGGCAGCAGUUUCGUCCACGAAGAACAGAGGUAUGCAGGGGCCGCGGUCACAUCUGAAACAGAAGUUAUCUGGGCGGAAGCAUUGCCUCCGGGCACCUCAGCACAGAGGGCUGAGUUAAUCGCCCUGACCCAGGCCCUUAAGUUGGGACAAGGCCUCCGGAUGACUGUAUACACAGACAGCCGAUAUGCCUUUGCCACGGCCCACAUUCAUGGAGCAAUUUACAGGGAGAGGGGGCUACUCACCGCCGAAGGGAAAGACAUCAAAAACAGGGACGAAAUUUUGGCCCUACUAACAGCCAUCUGGGCCCCCAAGAAGCUAGCCAUAGUACAUUGCCCUGGCCAUCAGAAACCAAACGAUCCGGUCUCCCGGGGAAACAAUUUUGCUGACCAGACUGCUCGCCAGAUAGCCUACGGGAAAGUUCCAUUGCUACCCAUACAGCUACCCAACCCGGGGCCCCGAGAACUGCCGCCUCGCCCCGAGUACUCUGAGGAAGACAUCACCUGGAUGAGUAAACUCCCGAUGACUCAGGUCAGGGAUGGUUGGUGGCGGGACGCUAAGGACAAUAUCAUCCUCCCCGAGGCCUUGGGACAGGCAGUCUUAGAGCGGAUUCAUCACACGACCCAUUUGGGCUCCAGAAGACUCCAGGACCUUAUGAGACAAUCCAGAUUAAUCAUCAAAAACAUCACCGAGAAAGCCGAAAAAAUUGCCUCAGGUUGUACAGCCUGCCGGCUCCAGAACGCUUACCCACAUCCCGCUGUGAUCGGGUCCCAAGAAAGAGGGACCCUGCUGGGGGCCUACUGGGAGAUAGAUUUUACAGAGGUAAAGCCUGGAAAAUAUGGCUAUAAGUAUUUACUGGUGUUUGUAGAUACCUUUUCAGGGUGGACUGAGGCUUUCCCAACCAAGCACGAAACAGCACAGGUUGUAGUGAAGAAACUACUCGAGGAUAUUCUGCCCAGGUAUGGCUUUCCUGUUAUGAUGGGAUCAGAUAAUGGGCCAGCUUCCGUCUCUAAGGUAAGUCAGGGCCUGGCUUCCGUACUUGGGGUUGAUUGGAAAUUACAUUGUGCAUAUAGACCCCAGAGCUCAGGACAGGUAGAGAGGAUGAAUAGAACCUUAAAAGAGACCCUUGCUAAAUUGACCAUGGAAACUGGCGCUAACUGGGUGGUUCUACUCCCCUACGCUCUGUAUCGGGUACGUAACACCCCAUAUAAGCUGGGGCUUACGCCAUAUGAAAUCAAGUAUGGCAGGCCUCCUCCCAUCAUACCCAAACUCAAGACCGAUCUCAUUGAGUCGGACCAGGAUAACUCCCUCUUGUUUUCCCUCCAAGCCCUGCAGCAAGUCCACAAAAGAAUUUGGCCUAAACUGAAGGAUUUAUACGAGAUAGGCCCGCCACCCGCAUCCCACCAACUCCGCCCGGGGGAUUGGGUCCUCGUCAAGCGACACCGGCCUGAGACUCUCGAGCCCAGAUGGAAAGGGCCUUACCAGAUAAUCCUGACCACCCCUACAGCUGUUAAAGUAGACAACAUAGCCGCCUGGAUCCACCACACUCACGUCAAACCAGUCGACCCCCUGCCGGAUCUCGUCGGGAAACCUAACCCGGACGCCAGUUGGACGGUUGACCGCAGUAAGGACAAUCCCCUAAAGCUCACCCUGCGCCGAAACCCUCCCCCUCAGUAACUGACAUGGGGGACCUACUCGCAGUUCUGAUCUUAUUAUCAUUACCUUGGACCCCCAUGACCAACCCCCAUGCCCCAGCCACUCUAACCUGGCAGAUCAUUAAUAGUGUAGGACUAACAGUUUGGAAUAUAUCACACACUGCCACUCCCUACACAUGGUGGCCUAACUUAUACCCUGACAUUUGUAAAAUAGCCUUGGGGGCCCCAGCAAACUGGGACAUAGCGGACCAGUGGGACCUCCAGAAGCCACCCACAAUACCUGCCAGCGGAGGGUUACAUGGUCACGCAAUCUACGGUUGUGGAAAUCCUCAACGCCGAUAUAAGUUAAGAAAACUAACCUUCUAUGUAUGUCCCAGUCCCGGGAACCUUCAACAGAGGGGAAGAACAUAUCAAUGUGGGGGGGUGAGCGAUUUCUACUGUUCUAGUUGGGGUUGCGAAACCACUGGUGACACUUAUUGGAAACCCACUUCCACCUGGGAUUUUAUAACUGUGAAGGCAAAUUACUCCCAUGUAGUAUCAAACAGAGUUGGAGCCGAGAGUCCUUGCCAGAACAAAUGGUGCAACCCAAUAAAAAUUUCCUUCACCGAAGCAGGAAAAAAACAAUUGAAUUGGGUUAGGGGAUACUCAUGGGGCCUCAGAUUCUUUAAAGAACACUACGACGACGGCCUAACCUUCACUAUAAAACUGUCCAUAGACACCCCUAGAGCCGCAGUAGGGCCCAACCCUAUUCUCGCACCCCCAGGCCCCGCUCAGGCUGGGUCCCGCUCGGUCGCCCCACCAGUUGUCACAUAGGGCCCCCGCAAGAGCCCCGCCACUCCCAGGGCAACCUCGACAGACCUCACCCCAUACCUCAAAAAUCAGUCCAUAACCACCAUAAGCCCUAAGCCAGUGGACACCCACACUCGUCUAACCCAACUGGUUCAGUAUGCCUUUCAAGUCCUAAACUAUACUAAUCCUAACGCUACAGAAUCCUGCUGGUUGUGCUAUGAUGUGUCCCCCCCCCUUUUUAUGAGGGUCUGGCCAUCUCUGGAAGCUAUAAUAGCUCCAACUCGGCCUCUGUGUGCCGGUGGUUGAGCCACAACCAUCGCCUAACACUGACGGCCAUAAGAGGAAAGGGAACCUGUAUAGGGCUGGUCCCACCGGCACAUUCACACCUCUGCAACCAGACUAUAACUGUAAAUGCCACAAAUGAAUACCUAAUACCACCCCAAGAUGCCUGGUGGGCCUGCGCUACUGGAAUUACCCCAUGCAUUCAUCCAUCAGCGCUGAACCGAACCAAUGACUAUUGUGUUCUGGUUCACCUUGUCCCUCGCCUAAUCUACCACUCCUAUGAGGACAUGAUCUCAUACUGGGAGGGAGGAUCACAUAGAACUAAGAGGGAACCCGUGAGCCUGACUCUUGCGCUAAUACUGGGCCUAGGGCUAGGAACUGCUGGGGUGGCUACCGGAGCCUCAGCCUUAAUCUCACAACACCACCAUUAUCAAGGCUUACGAGAAGCCAUUGAUGCAGACAUACGAGAGCUAGAAUUAUCCAUCUUUAAACUUCAGGAGUCUGUCAGCUCAUUAUCAGAGGUGGUCCUUCAAAAUAGACGGGGACUAGACCUCUUGUUCCUCCAACAAGGAAGCUUAUGUGCCGCCCUUAAGGAAGAAUGUUGUUUCUAUGUUGAUCACUCGGGGAUAGUCAAGGACUCGAUGGCUAAGAUACGGGAAGGAUUAGCAAAGCGGGAAAAAGGAGCGGGAAUUAGGACAAGGCUGGUUUCAGUCAUGGUUUAACUCAUCCCCUUGGCUGACUACCUUGAUAUCCUCCCUGCUAGGACCCCUCUGUAUCUUACUCCUCUUACUGACCUUUGGCCCAUGUAUCUUAAAUCGUUUGGUAGCUUUUGUCAAUCAACGCCUCCAGACAGUACAAGUCAUGCUCUUAAGACAGCAGUAUCAGGCCCUAGACCUGCGCAACAACAACGAUUAUACUAAUGACCACUAAGGACCCAAGAUUGGCUCCUCAGGUACUUGAGAAAGGGGGGAAUGGGAAACCAAAAGAAACCCAGACUGAAAACAUAUUCUAUCUAGGGAAUAACCAGCUAGUUUCGCUUCUGUACGAACGCUUGCUUUUCGCGCGUGGGCUAACCAACCAGUUCUGCUUCUGUUUGAUUGCUUAACGUGCGCGCGGGCCCCCUAAACCAAUCACCUAACACCAAAUAUGCCUUUUUCAAAUAUUCAAAAUGUCAACCAAUUGGCUCGGCCCCACCCAGAACUUGUUUGUACCUGUCUGUAAAAGCCCUGCACCUACCCAGCUCGAGACCUCUAAGCGUCACCGGCAACGAGUGGGCGGAGGUCCGGGUUCAAACCUGCAAUAAACGACCCUUGCCGCUUGGCUUUGA